AGAGUGGCAGACGGUUAAUUGCAUCCAACAUUGUACUUCGUUCAGUGCGGGAAUAAGGGAAACAAAAUCAAGCAUGACAUACCUACCAACAAAGUUUGGAUGCAUCCUUAAAAAAGCGUUGAUUUUAAUUAUCGUUGUCUUUUGGAGAACGUAUCAUGAGUUAGAUGCUGAAGGCAGUAUUGUAAAGGAAAUAAUAUGCGAAGGCCACACGGGACGCCUAACAUGCAAUUACUUACAUCAUAUCAAAGUUGUCUCAGCAAGGUACGGUCGGUACGAGCCUGGAAAUGUAUAUUGUGCAAGUUCAGCAGUCCAAAGCACUAACUGUGGCUUUAGUGUGAUUCACAAUAUUGCUGACCAAUGCAACGAUAAAACCACAUGUGACGUUCGAUCUUCGAACAGUUAUGGCGACCCUUGUCCAGGCACCCACAAAUAUACGGAAGUGGAUUACGAAUGCAUUCAAGACAUGUUCUUGCUGGGGGUUCAAAGACCUCAAAUGCUGUCUCUUAUACACAUCUCUAUGUUUGCAGUGGGAACACGUAAACCUAAUAAGAUCUGGGAAACAAAAUCAAGCAUGACAUACCUACCAACAAAGUUUGGAUGCAUCCUUAAAAAAGCGUUGAUUUUAAUUAUCGUUGUCUUUUGGAGAACGUAUCAUGAGUUAGAUGCUGAAGGUAACAUUAAACGACCCUUUUAA